AUGCUUCCCCAUUUUUCUGCUUUUUGUUAUUUGUUGCUGCACAAUCAUGUGGUCGUUCUUCCUUUUUUUUUUUUCUUCUUUUCUUUUAAAGUCUGUUUAGGAGAACAAAAAGAAGAAAAGGAAAAGAAUACAAAUAUAAAAAGAAAACGCUUAAAGAAUUUGUUGUUGCUGCUUUGUUUUUGUUGUUUUUGUUCCGUGCGUGUGCUGAGGAGUGCGGGGAAAAGCACGCACGCACAGACCGAUUCAAUGAGUCGAGGGGUGUCGGCGCUCGUGUGCACCCAAAGGAACACACAAGGGGAGAGGGAUGAGGACGUGAGAGACGGCUUGCGUUUGCAAGAAAGUGACAUGCCGCAGCCGGAGCAAACGUCCUCUGCGGUUUCCUGCGAUCGGUUUCUUUUGCUGCUGGAGGUUGAUGUACUGGAGGCCGUCGAGGGCGCAAGGACGGAUGCGGGGUAUCUGCGCCAUUGGCAACAAAUACGUGGAGCCGGUCUGGGACCAUUUUUGUUUCUGUGUGCUAGCUGCAAAAUGAAGGGGAGCGACGGCCUUCAAUUUGUCGUUGAGCGGCCAGUCGACAUGUCAUUGCCGCAUCUAGUGAAGCGACUCAUUAGGCAGUCGGGUGGGGGGAAUCAAGACCGUCCAUCGCUGCGACUGCGGUGCGUGCAGUCUAUACCGCUGCGUCCAAAACAACACGAGCCGCCGCUGAGGGACGUGGUGGAAGGACCGUCACUGUUUGUGACAAAGGAGAAUGUCGUGAACGCGUCGCCUGUCACUGUUCCAGCAGAGACGGACAGCAGCGGAGAAGUGGAAGAAGAGGACGGAGUAGUCAAAGAUGUGGAGGAGGAAGCGUUUCUGCUCUCGUUGCUUCGACAGACGUCUGUGUGGAAUGUAGCACUCCUGGAGCGCUGUGGGGUUCUGACAAGCAGCGGGGGUUCGCCAUGUCCGGAAUGGAGCAAUUGGAGUCGUGUGGACAUGGCUGUACGGGCGGUGCGGUACCUGCAGCAAGCCACAUGUACACGACCGCAGCAUGAAGGGGCUAUUGACAUCGUUGGGAUGAUUGUGGAGUGGGCGUCCGUAAUGCAUGCCGCCCUUGUGGUGCACCCACGUCCAGAAAGUCACGUGAGCCAGGCAGGAGCAGGUGCGGUUGCUGAGGAGGUUUUCUCUCGGGUGCAUCCAGAGAUAACGCCGGCGCAAAAAUAUCCCACGAAGAACGAAAAAAGCCCGGCUCCGCAUGGUGACAGUUUGGUGACACCCGGACGCAUGACACCUCCACGCCCACUGCUUCCAUCAAGCCUUGCCUCCGUGCAAUUUCCUGCUAGCGCCACGAAGAACCAAAGCGGAAGUCGGGGGAGCGGGGCCAGCGUAGAAACGGAGAAGACGAUCAGGGAGGCGGUACCCCUGCAGACUCAUGGCAAUACCUCCACUCCGCUGGAAAUGAAAAGGAGAUUGACGACGGCAGUGAAGGAGCAUGAUAUGCCGUUCAUGUCUGUUUGCAGCGAAGUGCUUGAGGCGGCCUUUCAACUUCAGCAAGGCCAUGUCCAAUCCAAGCGAUCUCAUUUCAGAAACUCCGACGCCGGGGAGAGGGUGGAUGGAGAAGACGGCCAUUCUGCGGGUGCGGAUGCCGGUGUUAUCUCCGGCAGGGAAUCAUCGCCUGCUAGCUGCGGUGGUAUGUUUGGUACGGUGGCAACGAGCCAAAUGGAGCCUUCAGAGGGUUGCGGUCAGCCGCCGUGCAGCACACCUGGCAAUGAUGCCAGUGAUGGGGGCGGCUUUCUCCCAUCGCUGAUUCAUCGUCUAGUUUCAAUACGCCACACCUCCUCGAAUGGGCGUGUUGCUGGUCAACUCUCGAGGAUUGCGAAGGGGGACUUUUUUCCGAGCCGCGGGAUGUUAGAUAAGGAAGAUCUACUCCGUCAACGUCUUGGCAAAACCAUCAUUGUGCGUUUCUAUGACCUGGACCCACAAAAGCCACAGCAACAGCACCAGCCGUGCUUAAAUGAAAACAACACAGCACAAUUGGGCUUGUCUGCGUCGUCGAUAGCCGCUGGAUUUUUUAAUAACACGGGCCACCCUUGUCACUUGUUUAUUACACACACCGACAUCAUACUGGCCAGCGUGUUUGAUGACAACUACCCGCCUCAGUCGUGGGCUGCCACCAACCGGAACAAUACGGCAGUCGAUGCUUUUAACAGCGAAAGUCGUAGCAGUAGUAGUGGUGGUAGUUCUGCUAGUAGUGGUAGUAGUAGUAGGAGGAGGAGCAUGAAUAACAGUAACGGUAAUAAUAGUACUAAUAGUGGCGGUGGUGGAAACAACAGGGGUAGGGAUAAUACAUUGGACGAUGGCGCGAUUUACAUGAAACAUAUGCUAGUGAUUCCACGCGUCUCAUUGAUGGAAAUUUGGCGACCUCUCACUGCUACAGACGCGAGUAUGGCGACCGUACUGCGGCUUCAGACACGUUCCUGCCGCCGUGUUUGGCUGGCAUUCCAGGAAGAGAACGAGUUACGACGGGUGUGCAUGGAACUUAACAGUGGGUUGAAUGCAUCGUUUGGCAAUCUUUUUUUGGCCAGUGCGCAGAGGAAGUGGCGUAUGACCGCCCUCGCCCUCGUUGCUGGCGAUGUGUUACCUUCCCCACACACGCCGUUCUAUCAGCAGGUGCUACAAAACCUCCUUGUUGCCUUUGCGGAUGUGGAAUCCCGCCGGGAACACCGAUCCACGGCCUCGUCCGAGCAGCCCUCCGCCACGGAUGGCACAGAGGUCACCCCACCACUGGAGGAGGAGAAAGCCGAGGCACGUCAGGGGGCGCUGAAGACGUUAUUUCACUUCUGGUGGUUAUACUCCCCAAUGAGAGAGUACAUGCGUCAGGGCAUUCCCACACGUCAAUGGCGCCUAUCAUGUGUGAACAGUCGUUACGAUCACUUUUCUUCAUAUCCUGCGAAGUUUGUCGUGCCGAGUUCUUUAGACGAUGACGAGUUGGUUCAGUCGGCGGAUCUGCGGGCUCGCGGUAGGGUGGAAGCGCUUUCUUACUACUAUUUGAACACUGGGGCUGGAAUUGUUCGUGCGGCGCAGCCAGCUGCCGUCAAUAUUUGUGCGUCCGCAUCUAAAAUAGACGUCCUUAAAUCGUACCGGCGUGCAAGUGGCAUGCGGGUGUGUACUUUUGAUCUCCGCAGCCGAAUACGCGCGUAUGCGAACACAAUUGUUGGCGGAGGCUUCCGAAUCAUGGAGACAGGACGGUACUGCUCUCUUGCAAACAUUCAUACCGUGCGAGAGGCGUAUGAGGCACUUUCUGCAGCAGUGUUGGACAACAACCCAACGUUUCUUGCUGUUAUGCGGGCUGCAGGUAACAUGGCGACAUCACGGAAAGAUAAUACUGCACCGGUGUCGUCGCCUGUUGGCUCAUCCACGGUUGAAUCACCGGAAAAGGCCGCAGCGGCUUGGAUUGAACACAUUCAUGGUCUUCUCCGUACCGCUACGGAUGCGGCACGUCUCAUAGCGGGUGUUUCUGAGGAAGAUGCACUUCCGCCUGCCGCCACCGGCGCCGCAGCUGGUGGCGCCCCGCUGAACUUUAUGCACUCACUCGGGAGCGUGUCGGCCAAUGGAUUUAAUUCUGCCGGCGUGAACGUUGGCGGCCUCAAUGAUCGUUUCAUACCACGUUCUUCCACACUCUAUGUCUGGAGACGUGCAUUUAGGCCUAUCCCAUUCCGUACGGGCAACGGUAGUAUUGGUGCUGCUACUGCUGGUGCACCGCGAUGGUUGGAACAGCAGCAGCAGAAUGUGCAAUCACCCCCGUCAUAUACCCAACCGGAUAACCGCAAAAAUGCGCGGCUUGUUAUUGUCAACUGCUCCGAUGGCUGGGAUCGCACCACGCAGGUGUGUGCACUGACGGAGCUUCUUCUUGAUCCCUAUUUUCGUACCGUGGAGGGAUUUAUUACGCUGCUGGAGAAGGAGUUUGUGUCAUUUGGGCACCCCUGUCUUCUGCGUUCCUCGACGUUGGGGAGUCACAGUGAUUGGAGCACCGGAGCGACCGUGACGGAUGGGGGUUUUAUUGACAUCCAUGACAGUUGCAGGAUUCCUACCUCGGAGAAUUGUCAAAGUUCGCCCAUUAUUUUACAGUUUCUGGAUGCUGUCCAUCAGCUGCUACGUUUGUAUCCGCACUGUUUUGAGUUCACAGAAGCCUUUUUGCUGUUGAUUGUGGACCUCAUGCAUGCAGGCAUUCUUGGGACAUUUGCGGUCAACUGUGAGGCCGAUGUGUAUCGGUGGGGUAUCGAGCAACAGACCCUUUCACUCAGUCAGUUCUUUGCCGUGCUAUUUGCCACGACAAUUCGAACGGACAGGCAUCGGCCACUGGAAGCCGCCAAUGACGGUGAGAAUUGUCAUGAUGUGCUGGAGGAGGGGGAAGAACAGGAGGAACAGGAGCCAACAGAGACUGGUUUCUUUUCAUCCUCUGCCGUGCCACUGCAUUGCUUCUACCAGUCAUGCGGCGGUGGGACGGCGUUGGGGACUGUUGGGUGGGACUCCACUCCUGGCAGCAACCCACGCCGUAUGGCGAUGACAUACGACGCGAUCCACCACUCCGGCCUUUUAAACCCACACUUUUCCCUUGCCGAUAACAAACUUUUUUUCGGUCCUCUUCUGGACGUCGUGCGGCAGCCGCAGCUGCAGUUGUGGGAACGAUUCUUUUUGCGCCACAACUUUUGGUGUGAGCGGGCAGCCAAAAUAAGUCAAUUUAGUGAGCAGAGUGCAUCCACAGUGCAUGCAAGGGUCGUGGAAUCGACGAUGGCGAUGACGAUGCCUCACUCCGCGCAACCUUUGCUGGAGACGGGACCGAUGCUGCACCCAGCGACGGGGGAGAGAAGACCGUGUACGAAUUCCACAGUUCUCAUGAAACCAACGGACCUGAGCGAGUUCUCUUCCCUUAACAAGGCGCAAGGAACUGUCACCCUUUCGUUGGUGUCCAACAUGAAAAGAAAGGCAAUUGGUGAGGGCAUAUUUACUCCGCCCGCACGACUGACACCAAAUAACACGGUUUUGCCCGGGGGGCGAUCAGAAGCAUCCAGAAGCGGGAAUCAAUUUGCCCCAUGCACAGUUCCUCGAUCCGCCUCGCAUGGGUCGCUGGCCGCCUUCUCUUCUUCCUCCUCCUCCUUUGUCGGCAUGCAGCCACAAGAGCACCACCAGAAGCAGUCACCAUCGUCGUUUCUCCAGCGAGGUGCUUCAGGUCCCGUCAUUUCUGGGGGAUACACGAUGAACGGUCAUUAUAAUUCUUUUCUCGGUGGAGGAAUGACAAAGCGACAAUCACCGAUGAAGCCGUCGAAUAACGUCGAGUUUGUUGCAUCGCCUUGCGUUAGCAGCACGGAAUGGACGCGGCAUGCGCAGCAGAAAUCGGCCUCCAGUGAACCGUCCGGAGCGCAGGUGCGAACCUACAACACACUGCUUAGUAUGCUUGACCAGGCCUUUGAAUAA